GAAGCAAGAAGUAGAGGAUAAGUACCUGGUUUUCUCGUCCCUAACAUAUCAGCCACCGCGCCUUCUCACCAUUGCUGUGGAACCUCUCAACUUUAGAGUGUGGAGAAAGCAAUGGAUUUAGUGGUACCACCCGAACAAUUUUGUUCAUUUCACCGCUUCCAUGUGAUCAGAGCUAGGGUUUCGGAUAACACCGUUUCGCGCCCUUUUAUUCUAUCUGCUGAUACUGUUAGUCACUUUACAAAAUUGAAAGUCGCUAGGUCUAGAAAGCGUUCAGACAGUCGCCUUUUCGCUGUUUCGAAAUUCGAAUCCUCUGGUUUGAACGGUAGACUGCAACAAAUUGUGAGCACCCCAAACGGGGACUUGAAUGGCAUAGCUAUGGAAUCUUCGGCCAGCGGGGUGAACGGUUCCCGGAAUUUUGAGGAGUUUGCGAGCAACAUUCAUCUGCGGAAGUUGGUUAGAAACGGGGAAUUGGAGGAAGGGCUUAAGUUUCUGGAGCGCAUGAUUUACCAGGGGGAUAUCCCUGAUGUCAUUGCUUGCACCAGCUUAAUUCGCGGGUUUUGCAAGGGUGGACGGACUAAAAAGGCAACGAGAGUGAUGGAAAUUUUGGAGAAUUCGGGUGCUGUUCCUGAUGUCAUAACUUACAAUGUUUUGAUUGGUGGUUAUUGCAAAUCAGGAGAUAUAGAUAAAGCCCUGCAGGUUUUGGAAAGAAUGAGUGUUGCUCCGGAUGUUGUUACGUAUAACACCAUUUUGCGUAGUUUGUGUAGCAGUGGGAAACUGAAGGAGGCAAUGGAGGUUCUCGACAGGCAGCUGCAGAGGGAGUGUUAUCCUGAUGUGAUUACUUACACGAUUUUGAUUGAAGCGACUUGUAAUGAAAGUGGCGUUGGUCAGGCGAUGAAGCUGUUGGAUGAGAUGAGGAAGAAAGGAUGCAAACCUGAUGUGGUCACAUACAAUGUUCUUAUCAAUGGUAUUUGCAAGGAGGGUCGGUUGGAUGAGGCUAUCAAGUUUCUGAAUAACAUGACUUCAUACGGUUGUCAACCGAAUGUGAUAACUCAUAACAUUAUUCUGCGUAGCAUGUGUAGCACUGGGAGAUGGAUGGAUGCUGAGAGGCUGUUAGCUGACAUGCUGAGGAAGGGUUGUUCCCCUAGUGUUGUUACUUUCAAUAUCUUGAUUAACUUCUUGUGCCGGAAACGGUUAUUGGGAAGAGCUAUUGAUGUCUUGGAAAAAAUGCCAAAGCAUGGUUGUGUGCCAAAUUCCUUGAGUUACAAUCCAUUGCUUCAUGGGUUUUGUCAAGAGAAAAAGAUGGAUAGAGCAAUUGAGUAUUUGGAAAUAAUGGUGUCAAGGGGUUGUUACCCGGAUAUAGUGACCUAUAACACUUUGCUUACAGCACUAUGCAAGGACGGGAAGGUGGAUGCUGCAAUUGAAAUACUGAAUCAACUGAGUAGCAAGGGAUGCUCUCCUGUCUUAGUUACUUAUAAUACAGUUAUUGAUGGUCUUGCAAAGGUGGGAAAAACAGAGUCUGCUGUGGAACUCUUGGAAGAGAUGCGCAGAAAGGGUCUUAAACCUGAUAUAAUUACGUACUCUUCACUGCUCCGUGGACUUGGCCGUGAAGGAAAGGUUGAUAAGGCUAUAAAAAUUUUCCGUGACAUGGAAGGAUUAAAUAUUAAGCCCAAUGCUAUCACUUACAAUUCUAUUAUGUUUGGACUUUGUAAGGCUCAGCAAACUAGUCGUGCUAUUGAUUUUCUGGCUUAUAUGGUAGAGCAAGGAUGCAGACCUACCGAAGUAACAUAUACCAUUCUUAUAGAAGGCAUUGCUGAUGAAGGAUUAGCUGAGGAAGCUUUGGAGUUGUUAAAUGUGUUGUGCUCCAGAGGAUUUGUGAAGAAAAGUUCUGCUGAACAGGUAGCAGUCAAGAUGUAGGAUAAAAUGCAUUUUUACGUCGUAACUCAGAUGGCUAAGUAACAUUUUUGUGCACAUAGAUUUUGUUAAACCCCUCAUGUAAGUUACUUGUUCUGGAUUUUGGAUUUUUAUUUUGAAGAGGGAGAGGGGCUGGCGAAAUGCGUGUCAAUUUUGUUAGCAGGUCAUUGUAAUUCAGUCCAGACAUAUUUAAUUCGAAGUUAUAUUAUUUAUGUACUGCCUGGGAAUUAAUAUAGACUAAUAUUGUUUCCCCA